AUCAUUUCGCAACAGUCUUUCUUUUAUCCAACAUAUUUUGUUCUAGACGGCGACGCCGUCGCUUCGCAUUUCUUUCGCUCUUCCGCGCAUGCUCAUUGGUCUGAAGUUGACUGUUGUGUACACGGCGUUCUGUUUUGUGUCGUGCUUUUGUGCUUUUUCUACCAACCAGUGUUGGAGAAAACAAGUCUGGAAUUUUUUCAGCGCUCUAAGAAAUGAUGCCUCUCAAUCGGUACUUCUCUUUGUCACUGGAAACUCUAAAGUGCCGGGACAAAUAUAGUAUGUGACGUGAAUUUGUGAUGCGGUGGUUGCCAUGUUAGUGUCAUCUGCAGUGCUGCGGUUGAGGCCGCAUCAAAGAAUUGUUUUUCGCUGUAUAUCCACGCUGUUGUGACUAUGGAGAGUUAGACACUGUUUGGUUAUUGGCGGCAAAGUAUGUCUUGCUGCGGCGCAAGGAUCCUUGUCUUGGCGAUUUGCAUCAUUCAGCUGAUCGCAACAUUCCAACGCCAAGUCUUCGACUUCUUGGGGUACAUGUGGGCGCCGAUCCUGGCGAACUUCUUCCAGAUCAUAUUCGUCAUCUUCGGUUUCUUCGGAACGUACCACUACCGGCCAAGAUAUGUUGUUGCCUACAUCAUCUGGACACUCUUGUGGAUUGGAUGGAAUCUUUUUGUCAUCUGCAUUUACAUGGAAAUCGGCGCCCUGAACAGGGAUUCUAGCAUUCUGAAUAUGGGCACUGGAAGCCGGAGUUGGUGGGAGGCGAACGGCUUUGGUUGUGUGGCCAUCUUCAACUACAGCUCUUCCGAUGACAUCUUGGCUGUCACCAGGCCUGUAUCAGUGACGGGAUGCCUACUUGCAUACUACUAUGUUGAGUGCAUUCAAGCUGGCGUGCAGUGCCUGCUAGCGUUUGUGGGCUUUGUUGGAGGCUGCUACCUGAUCUACCUUUACACUCAGGAAGAUGAUUCAUUUGCACCCAGAAGAAGAAACAGCAAAAGAAAAACGCUGAACAGCCUGCCUUAUAGCAUCGAGUUCCGUACUGACCCACCUGCCACCGAUGGUGGCGGUCCCUCCAUGGGCUCUGGAUUGGGCCGUGCACCCAUGACCCCCCGCCGUGUGAAGCGACGUUCAACACGGUCCAAGCGGUCGACGGGCCAGGCACAGUACCAGAAUCCCGUGACACGUCUGCUUGACAGGUCCCUAGACACAUCAAGCAAUGACAGCUAUGCCCACUUUGGGGGUCAGUGCAACCCAGUUUACCUGGGAUCCCGCACCAGCCUCCACUCGCUGUAUGGCAAGGCCAACCCCAACCUCAGCGGGCCUCUUCGAACAACCCACCAGCAUGAUGCAACCACAGGGCUGCCUUCUACAAGGCACUCUACAAGGGGGCGCCACCAGCCCUACGUGGACAGCUCUGAGACAAUGAUAUAAGUUGUUUUGAACAGUAUGUGCACAUUGUGCGAGCGAAAAAGUGUGUGCGCGUAGAGCUGUGCUCUGUACUGAGAGGCUAAAUUUGGUUCCUUUCUGCUGGGUCUUUGGGUAGCAGUGCUUGACCAGUCCUACAACCUGUCAUAUGCACAUUGGCAAGCAAUAUAAAAUGAAUAACUAGAUAGUGAUAUGUAGGAUAGAGUAUUCAGGUUCUAACUCUUAACCUGAAGGUCAGCAGAAGAUAGGAUGUCCUAGGCUUACAUGUAGUAUUUGCUUGAGGUUAGCUAGUAAGCUUUAAAUUUGUGAUGGAAUCGAGUGUCAUACCUCGUACUGCUCACCAGUGUGCAGCCUUUGUUCUCAUGUAUGGUUUGUAACUUGUACUUCACUGAAAGGAGCUCUUAGUAUUGUUCUUAUACUGCUGGAAUGCAUUUCCGAGAGCAAAUUGCUGUUGCGAAUCAGCUACACUGUGCUCACAUUGGAUAAAAAUAUUGACCAGAAUGCUUUUAUUUUAAACAUUUGUUGCCAUAAACGUCUCCCUACUGUACAGCCAUUUUUACAAGAAACAUUUCAUGCAUUCUACACACUGUGACAAGACGUCCCUGAGCGCAACCACGCCAUACCAUGUUUCUGCAUUGCACUUGUGUAAUUGACUUUGUCAGGAACAUAGAUUUUUUUUUUUACUUGCUGCAUUUCUUGUAGUAGCAAACAGUCUUGAUUCUGUCAUACGUUUCAUUCUGAUGGCUACAAAUGGCAACCCUACUUGCUAACUAUGCUCAGCAUUCUCGUUCGUAAACUGUGAAAUGUCAUUGAAUCUCUCUUGCACAACUGGACAUUUGGUUGAGCCUUUGCAGGUUUUGCAGCAUUUGAGGUCGCGAGAUGAAAUCCCGGCCACGUCGACCGCAUUUCGAUGGGGGCGAAAUGCAGAAAACACCCCUGUACUUACAUUUAGGUGCACGUUAAAGAAUCCCAGGUGGUCCAACUUAAUCCGGAGUCCCCCACUACGACGUGCCUCGUAAUCAGGUGGUGAUUUUGGCACGUAAAACCACCAUAAUUAUUUUCUUUUUUUUUUUUUCAGGUUGUUUGGCAGUAGUAUUUCAGUGAUGAUGCAGGCAUGCAUGACUUAACAUAGUCAUUUUUAGCCUGUUACAUUUUCACCGAAAGGACGCUGUUGAAGGUUCCACGAAACACCUGAACAUGCUAAUGAAUCUGCCCAAUCUGUAGAUCACAUGGUCAUAAUUUCAAAACCUAUGUUAUUCUGGUGAGUCUAGAGCAUAUGCUGCUCUUAUUGGAGAACAAAGUUUAGAGAAUAUUUGCCUCAAAAAAUACAUUCACUUGCCUGAGUAUGUCUGGGCAUAAUGUUGCAAGCAGGAAAACAAGAAGUGGCAUUUUUUAAAAGUGGGUAGGUGCAGCUUUUCAACCAUUAUUUUCUGUUAUUUGCUUUGUUCAUGCAAUUUUCAUGCUGCUACGUAGUCGGCUCAUGGUAAUUCAAGCUCAUAAAGUUCAAAGUCCUAGUUUAUCUAAACAUAUUCCAGACUUUUGGUUGGUCCGCUCUCUUUUCAGUUAAUUUUGAGGGUUCUCAGUCAAAGCAGAGCUUUCAGUCAGUUCGAACAUUCUUGCUUCCCAUAAACAGAGCAGCAUGACUGAGCACUGCUGAUGAGAGUACAUUAAUAAGUCAAGAAUAAUCUAAACUUGCUUGCAUUUGAUAUUCAUGCUAUAUGUUUGCAGCCAUGGUUGCAUGUCCAUAGCAGUAGAGUCUGUGUAGCUAUUCUUAUUCAUUGUUUCAUAUAACAAAUAGUAAUUCUGUUUUGAACUGAAUUUUAUUCAAACUGCGAAAUUUUUGUACGAGAAUCCUCAGUGUAUAUGAGUUUGAAUCAUAGUGAGUUGACUGUAAUUGGCUAAUCUAUCUUGAAUCAUAUUUGUUUUUGACUGGUACUCAAAGCUGCAGAAAGUUACAGCUGAUUUUUUAAAUGUAUGUGUUACUUAUUGUCGUGCCAUUUUUGGGUAAUCAACUUUUAAUUGCUGUAGUUGUUGACUAUUGUUUGGAGCAGGAGGUCUAUAAUUUUUACAAACAUUUGCUUUAUUUGCAGUCUCUACCUCCUUCCGAGUUAUUUCAGUUUUUUGUAUGUGUCCAACUUUGAUAUUACUCUGGUGAUUUUGGCUUUGUAUCCAAUGUGAACUCAAUGUCCAGAUUUGCAACAUGCGUGCGAAAGGCAUGGAACUUUAGCAACGCAUUCAGAGACAUGAAACGCUUAAGUUUUAAUUCAUAUAGAACUGCUGGAGCAAAACAGUGCAAACUCCACCUAUUAGUUUCUUUUUUUCUUGAUAUUUAUGACAUGGUCACAAGGAUUUAUGUGGAAAUUUACUCCUUAGCUUUCUUUUUUAAUAUUUACGAGCAAAUGAGCAGCUGCGUACACAAAAACCAUUUUUCAUUUUUAUCUGUCUUCUUUCAUAUCUGGGAUUGAACAUCCCUGCAUUUUAUGUACAUAUUAUGUAAUCUUUCUGGGCAUUGCAGUGGCUGCUGUCUAUUUCUAGGCAGCCAAUGCCUCAAUUUUCUUUUAAUUAAUUGACAACAUCGUAUAUCUGUCUCGUUUUCUUUUUGUUGUUGGCAUUCUGCUAGUUCCUACUUGUUUUCUUGUGCAAUCAUUAAUACAACCUUGCAUGACACUAAGACAAGGUGGUCUCUCGUGAUCGUGAUGGUUUUGAGUGAAUCCUGACUUUAGCAUGCACAGCCUUUGCAUUGUUUGUGUGUUCUCCUUUCAUGCUGCUUGCAAUUUCAGAGAAGACUGUCUUCCUCAGUCUUCCAAGAACCAAAGACAGUGGUACUCUAGCAUUGUGUGUGUUGUUUUGCUCCCUUAGUGUGUUCAUCUGACUGCAUCUUGUAAAUAGUUAGUUGUGUGGCCAUCAAAAUUCUUGUAUCACGAUUGGCUGUGCCGUCAUGUACAUUUUGUUCCUGUAUAGCUGUACCCAUUUUGUAUUAUUCCUUUUUCCACAUGCAGGUGAUAAUUUUGACAUGGUACUUAGGACACCAGUAUUGUCAGGUACCGCAAAUCAAAAGGUCAGGGUGUCAUCCGUGCACGAAUUGGAGCAGUCAGAUGCUGCAUUCAAUGAGCUGCUUGCAGUAGUUCCUCUCAAACAGACAUAGCUUUAUAUCUGCAAACACUGCCUCACAAACAAAACUUGAGAAUGCUCAACCUUGUGAAUCUGCCUUGGUGCAACUUGCUUGGAGACCAGAAAAAUGAGUAAUUGUGAAUUUAAGAGAGAUUGUUACAGUUUGCUGCUCAUGGUUUGAAAUCAUCAGAAUCUUGCUUAGCGGUGAGUCAUUGAGCUUGGCAAUGACCGUUGUAUUUGUGAUGAGCCAUUACGCAAAUUUAAGGCAGUGCAAAGAAGUGGAGAGGACUCGUAUGUCAUUGGAUGGACUUCACUCAUUGAUUCACUUUAAUGGUGUCUUGCCCUGGCACAGGAAACCUGUUUGACAUAUUUUUUUGUGUGCCAAGCCUCUCUAUUAAGUCACCUUUCAGUGUUACCAUUUCUCAUUUUGUGUCCUUUAGCUAAGAGGUCAUGGAUGCUGCAGUAUUGGAAAAAAUUUGUUUGACAUAUUUGCUGUUGUGAAGUUCUGCAUUUCCAUUUGACAGUGGCUUUGUCAAUUCAGAUGACGUUGGGUUUUUGGCAGCAUUUGAUAAACCUGUGCCAUGUUCAGAGAUUGACAGGAUGAACAUACUUUUGCAAUGUGUUUGCAGUAUGUCUUUAUCAGCUUUUGGGCAUAUUUGACCUCUUCUUUACAAUGGCAUUGGACACUGAACUCCCCUGUCCUUCAAGAUGCAUAUGGCAGACAAAAGAGCCACCAAGCCAGUGAUUUUUAUCACCUUAUAGUAAUAGCAAGGUCAAAUUGCUCAGACAAUGUGUCUUACUAAUUGGUAGAAUGAAAAGAAACUGGACGACAGAAAAAGCCAAUUGACACAAUAAGGGGCAUUUUAUUCUACCUAUGGUGUUUGCACUACUAUAUUCUAUUCUGUGUCACUGACUUGUUGGGUGGCAUUUUAAUCUAUAUGAAAUAGAGUCGAACCUUAAUAUAAUGAAGUUGCAGUUGAAACAAGCUUUCGAAAUUCAAAAUGAAAAAUAUGCACAAAAAUAGAGGCUGGCUUGUUGCAGCCACUAGUAAUACGUUGCUGUGCAAAUUUUGUGAGAGCUCAUGGAUUGUGUCGGCACUCAGAAGACUUGCUUUUGUUAGUCAUUUGAGUUAUCAUUUCAGAAUGGUGUGUUUGUGAGUUACUCUUGCAAAUUUUUAACUCUUUGCUGGUAGCCUGCUUAUUUCUAGCUGUGAAAAAAAAAAUAAAAAAAAUUGCUUCGAGAUAACCAGUUGCCCUCAUACUGUGCCCGGCAUUUUUACUUUUGUCGUAGCACAAGCAAAUAUUAAAAAAAAAGAAUGAAUCAUAAAAUAAAGUGUUGCCAAACAAGCUUUGCAUUUAAUUUGUUGUGCUCAACAAUUCAUUAUAUCAAGGCUCGACUGUAAUAUGGUGUCUCUGGUUUCAACUGGUGGCCUGUUUAAAGCACUUAGUUGUCCUCUACCUGUCGUGUUUAGAAUGUGUGAAAAAACUUGUGCCGAUAAUGUGGUGAUUGCUGGCAUUCCUUCUUUUGUGUUGCAGCCCAUUCACACUGUAGUGUUGCGUGUGACAGACUCUUGAAGCAGUGGAGGAAUUUGUGAUUGUGUGAAGUUCAUUUUCGUCAGCAUUGAGGUUGCCGUCUAGCGUGUUGUUUGUGCUUUGUGCUUCAACUGUUGCAGACUCCGUGUGCUUUCAUGUAAAUAAUUCCUGGUUGACCUGUCCGUGUGGAAAGCGUUUUGAAACGAGCACUUAUUUAUUUAAAGCCACAUUUGUUGAGGCUUCAUGCGAGCCUCUCGACCAGUGUUAUAUUUGUCACCCUCGUACAACUUGGCACAGUGAUGAGGUUUUGAAAAGCUGUUGCUCAAAGGGCCAAACGAAUUGCGUAGGCUGUUAUUUGUAGAAGACUUUGGAAAUUGUUGAUAGGAGAAAUCAUAAUGCAAGUUACAUAACAACAUGUAGGAUUUCCUAAAGCCUUUAAAAUUCAGAUAAAGGUAUUGUGAGUGAUAAUGGUUCUGUUGUUUUACAAGGUAAAGAGCUUAAUUGCAUUUGCAUUUCUUGUAAAUUAAAGUGUUUCAGAGGAAGUGCUCGCUGUGUGAACACAAAUGGCAUCUUGCUUGUGGCCAUGUGACAUACUUAGUGAUCUCAAUAGCAGUGCAAGAUUAAUUGACUGCUAAAAGGUAUUUGUAUAGUUGGAGAGGAUGAACCAUUGCCAAUAUAUGCAUAGUGGAGAAGUUUUAUGCCAUGGCCAACACAGUUUUUCAUACUCUUUAUACACCUGUAACUAGACAUCACAUUAAAUUUGGAGCUAGUAAAUGAGUUAUUGCUUUUUGAUCAACCUUGUCGAUAAACAUUCCAUAGCCUUAAGAGCAAGGUUUACUUAAGGCCCUGUAUAUUAAAGUGCAUGUGAAAUGCAGAAAUGAUACGUCAGUCUUAACCAAUAUAGAUGACAUUUGUGGCACUUGAGAUGAAAAGUGACUGUUUAGUGACACAUCCUUUUUUUUUAAUUAAAAGAAAGGAAGAUGAAAAUUGUUGAGUGAAAAGAAAAUGAAACAGCAAAUUUAUAACUCUUACGUUUGCAACAAAGAUUGCAGUUCUCCAAGCAGCAGCUGAUAGAGCAAGCGCAUACUACCGGGUGUACGCAAAAGUGAUAUCGCAUGCAUCAGUAGGUCAAUCGUACUGCUGUUUUGGAUAGGGAUAUUGCAAAACUCUCGUAAAUAAAGUAAAAGUAUAUUGUAAACUGCUGGCUGGCACUUUGAUUUUGAUUGACGCUUUUCUUACAGUUAGAACUCUAAUCCUCUUAACUCCAUCUUUUUAUUUUCAAAUUUUGUGACCUUUCAGGGUUCAAAUAAAUUCAUUUGCAAGCACGCGUCACUGGAAUUUACAUCUCUUAAUUGCAAUAGAUUUUAUUCAUAUUUGUUCAGUGUUUCUUUUAGUGCAUUUUUAUGUCUCGUAUGUACUUAAACAGGGAAAGCUUCAAAAGACCUUUCCUUUCUUUUUUUUAGACCUGCGUACCUGUCUGAGUUAAACCCAGCAGUUUUCAUCUUAAUUUAGGUUGCCCAUAAGACCAUUUUGUGUCACUUUGAAGGGACAACCUCUGCCAAUUGUUGCAUCCCAGUAACAAAACGUAGUGCCAUUAGACAUUAAUAUAAAUAUUCUGCAAACUUGACAGAAUCUCUGUCACUGAAUGGCUUAAAGGUGGUUACUGUAUGGGGCAUCUUGCCUUCAUACUUCGUUUUAGUGUGUGUUUGUUAUGCUGGUAGACAGGUGUACAAGUGUUGCUUUUGUUCACUGCCAGUUUGUAAGGAAAGCAGCCUGUAUAAAUAAAAAAGAAGUACUUUAUUUUGAA